UUAGCUCACAUCCAGUACAGUGUCAUUGACCAUGAAGGUCUUGACCCCUCGAGCACCCCCUUGCCAUCCUGAUACCUCAUGCCAUGGCUUAGAGCAGAAGGAGGUGUCUAUGUCGAUGUUAUGCAUGCUAAAGUGCUACCAUUGGCAUGAUGAUGGUGUGGGCAGGGGCCAUAUUCCAGCAGACUUUUUAAACAUUGAUAUACAUGUCACGUUUUUAGCAAUUGAAACCUCUAAAGGUGGUGCAACAUGGCAGGAAACGCUGUGAGUUCCUGGCUUAGAAGUCAACAUAUCUGUGUAGCACAGGAUUGGAUAGAAGCUGCUAUGAACUGGUUACAAGAGGAGAACUUGGGUGAACCCAUCUCCCUGGAGCGACUGAAACAGUUGGUGUAUGAACAGUGGUUGCUUGGUGACCUGGCUGUGAUAGGCACACCAUGUCUCCCUGAGGGACUGAAUGGGGCGGAAAAGGUGGUCCUCAAUGGAUACUUCAGUUUACAGAUUAAUUCCAUAAAAGAUGCAAGUGUCUCCCAUUAUUCACAACUACAGAAACUCAAGGGGACAGAGAAUGAGAAUGAGAUGGUUUCAGCUGCAGAACCAAGUCAGCCAUUUUGGGAACCAAAGGCUAGCCGAAUGUUGAAGCUCCAGCUAACUGAUGGAAGUCAGGUUGUUGAAGCCAUGGAACACAAACCCAUCCUAGCACUCCGCACCACCACACCACCAGGCACAAAGAUAGUGCUGAAAGGGCCCAUACUCUCAAGGAUUGGUGUGCUGUUACUGAGUACUGCUAACAUCCGUGUGCUCGGAGGGGGGGUAGACAGUCUUAUUCAGGAGAAUAGUCAAGUCCGUCUCAUGGAACAAGGACUAAACAUCGAAUCUGAAGAUGCAGAGAACCAGGCAGAUAACCUCGGCGACGUUGACCAAGAUGAUGAAAUUCCAGAUGAGUUUUUCCAAGAUAUGUAGCACCUGGCAAAACAAGAGGAUGAAUCCAAUGUGCUUUGGCCGUUUCAUGGUGCGACGAGUCCAAAUGGUGGAAGGACACAUAAUGCAUCAAUCAGGAUUCAGAAAAUGACUUUAAUCAGCGCAGCCCUGGGAUGAAAUGUCUUGUCUGUUCCAUGGAACAUGACAGUGACUUGUUUACUACUUGACAUUAUUGCUAUCUCUGUAGACUAGGAAGGGGGCAGUUUGUUCAGGACUUGGUCAGUGUCAAGUAUACAUGUACUUGUUUGGUCAGCAGAGAUCUCCUUUGCCUGUUGUUUUAUCAUUGCCAGGCAGGUUUUAAGAGAUCUUGUCUCCAGGUAUAAUCAUGAUGUUUUUCAAAAAUCUGUGAU